AUGGAUUUUCGUGGCAUACCACCCAUGGUCAUGUCCGGUAACCUUGCCGAAAAGUGGAGGUUCUGGAAGCAGAGGUUUUUAACAUAUUUGAAAGCAACCGAAAUCGCUAAGAAGGAAGAAGCGACGAAAUGUGCUCAACUCCUCACGUUGAUAGGAAAAGAAGGUAUGAGAAUUUACAAUACUUUCACUGCAGAUGAGGAAGACACCUUAGACGAAUUAUUGAAGAAGUUUGACCAGCAUUUCAUUCCUAAAAGCAACUUGACGUACGAAAGACAUAAGUUUUUGACAUAUAAACAAAAAGAAGGGCAAACUAUCGAACAAUUUAUAACAGAGAUCAAAAAUUUAUCACAUAAUUGUGAGUUAGGUGACUUAAAGGACUCGCUAGUGAAAGAUAUUCUGAUUUGUGGUCUCAGAUCAGAAUCUUUGAGAGGAAAUUUAUUACAAAAGGAUGUUAAAACUCUUGAGGAAGCGGUCAGUGUAUGUAUAAGUAUGGAAAAUACCAGGGAACACAACAAGCAGAUUUCCAAUGGUCAAGGCGAACACUCAGAAGAUGUUGAUGCUGUUAGUUCCAAGGAACGACCAACUAGAAAACACUGGAAUGGUCCACAAGCGAGAACGAGUAACCAGCAGUGCCAAAAAUGUGGAAGAAAUCAUGGCUAUGGAAAAUGUAUUGCAUUUGGGAAGAAAUGCGAUAACUGUGGAAACCUCAACCACUUUGCAGCGUUCUGCAAGAAGAAAGUUGGACAAUAUAAAAGGGAUGGUAAAAAUUUAUAUAAUAAGUAUAGUAAAAAGUCUGGAAAUAGUCAUAGAAUUCAAUUGAUAGAUAAAGAUGUUACAGAGUAUUGUAGUAGUGAUGAGGGCAACUAUGAAGAGAAUUAUACUUUUGUAGGUUCCAUAGAACAUGGAGACAUGAAUAAUUUAUCAUUAUUAUAUUUUUUACAGGAACUAGGUCUGGACAUAACAGAUGAGCAAAUUAAAGAAAUGGAGGCGAAUAUUCAUAACAUCGACUUUGAUGCUGCGGCUGCUGAAGAAGCACUUACCAGGCACGACGUUAUGGCUCACAUUCACGUUUUUGCGAAACAGUGUCCCAUUGCUGCACCAAUUAUCCAUCUGGGAGCCACGUCCUGUUUUGUGGGAGACAACACGGAUUUAAUACUCAUUAAGGAUGCGCUGAACCUACUUUUACCAAAAAUUGCAUCUGUUAUACAGAACUUGGGUAAAUUUGCAGAAAAAUAUAGAUCUCUUCCAACUCUCGGUUUCACCCACCUGCAACCAGCCCAACUAACAACUGUCGGAAAAAGAGCUACCCUCUGGUUGUAUGAUUUCCUCAUGGACGAAAAUGCUCUAAGAGUACUGAAAGAAAAUCUUCGGUUCAGAGGCACCAAAGGUACAACUGGAACGCAAGCGUCCUUUAUGCAGUUGUUCAACGACGGUGCGAAAGUUAGAGCCCUCGACAGACGAGUGGCGAUUCUUUCAGGAUUCGAGAAAACGUAUCCGGUGACUGGGCAGACGUAUACUAGGAAACUGGAUGUGCAGAUAGUUGGAGCUCUUUCCUCUUUAGGUUCUUCCAUACACAAAACCUGCACGGAUCUGAGGCUGCUGGCUAACUUCAAGGAAAUUGAAGAACCGUUCGAGAAAAGUCAAAUUGGUAGCUCAGCGAUGGCAUAUAAAAGAAACCCAAUGAGAUCGGAACGGUGUUGUGCACUUGCACGUCAUUUAAUAACACUGUAUGGCAAUGCAGCUAACACUCAUAGCACCCAGUGGCUAGAGAGAACAUUGGAUGACUCAGCCAACCGAAGAAUCACUCUCUCUGAAGCCUUUUUAACUGCAGAUUCUGCUCUCACAGUGUUGGCAAAUAUUACUCAAGGUCUUGUAGUUUAUCCCAAAGUAAUUGAGCGUAGAAUAAACCAAGAGCUGCCAUUUAUGUCGACAGAGAACAUAAUCAUGGCUAUGGUGAAAAAGGGCGGAGAUAGACAGGAGUGCCACGAAAAAAUCAGGGUUUUAUCCCAUGAAGCUGGCGCUCAGGUCAAGGAACAUGGAAAAGAUAAUGAUUUUCUGGAUAGAGUGAGGGCGGACCCCUAUUUCAGACCUAUUGUUGCUGAACUCCAGAGCCUGCUAGAUCCGUCAACUUAUAUUGGUAGAGCUGCGGAUCAAGUCACUGAAUUUUUAGAGGAGGAGGUUGAGCCGAUUUUGAGCAUCUACAAAGAUGCUCUAGACAACGAGAAACCUGUUUCUCUGAAAAUUUGAAAUAUUUAUCUGUUAUUAGAUUUGUUCAGUUAUUUA